AUGGAAUAUUUUCAAAAAUUUUAUUCAUCAAUACGUUGUUCAGAUAUAUCAUGGGUUAUCAAUAAAAUUCAACAAUCAGAUACAUUUCACAAGAUUAAUUUUACACAACCAUUUGGUUUAACACUUGAUUAUGAUCUUAACAUGUUAAUAUUAACUUAUAGAACUAAAAGAUCAAUACAACAGAGGAAAGUAACAAUAAAUAUAAAUGGUAAAAAAAAAUUAUUUACAAAAACUAAUGCACAACCAAUUAGUUAUCAUGAAAAAGUUUAUUAUGUUGAUAUUAAUCCUUCAAUUUCAACUUCAUCAUAUUAUCAUUAUAGCUUUCAUACAACUUCAUCAUGUAUUAUUGAUAUGCCAUUUUCAGAAUGUGAUUCUUAA